AUGUUACGUGCGACCACCUCAAAAAUAUUGUGCCGUGGAACCGCUCGUAAUGUGAUUUCACUCCACCGACUAGCAAAUCCUAACCUUUCUGUUGGGCUGUUAAAUAAAAGGGAUCUUACUUUUCCGACCUCUCCUGACAAAGCUUCCGCCGUAGAGACAAUGCCAAUAGUUCAAACCCUUAUAGCUCCCUCACCUGAUUCUUUGGGUUUCAGCGAGUCAAAAGUCAAGAAAGGACAUCGUCCUAUUUAUUUAGAUAUGCAGGCCACAACUCCUACAGAUCCACGUGUCCUUGAUGCAAUGAUGCCAUAUUUCACACAACAAUACGGAAAUCCACAUUCAAGGACACAUGCGUACGGUUGGGAGUCCGAAAAGGCUGUUGAGACGGCUCGUGAGCAUGUGGCUGAUAUAAUAGGAGCGGAUGUAAAAGAUAUUGUUUUUACAUCCGGUGCCACCGAAUCAAAUAAUUUGAGUAUCAAGGGAGUUGCAAGGUUUUAUAAAUCAAGCAAAAAACAUAUUAUCACGACUAAUAUUGAACAUAAAUGUGUGCUUGAUUCGUGUCGUGUCUUGUCCGAAGAAGGAUUUGAUGUCACAUACUUACCAGUUCAACCAUCCGGCCUUAUAGAUUUGAAUCAAUUGGCCGAAUCUAUUCGACCAGAUACAUCACUCGUAUCCAUUAUGACGGUAAACAACGAGAUCGGAGUGACACAGCCAAUGGAAGAAAUUGGUAAGAUUUGUCGCUCCAAGAAAGUAUUUUUCCAUACGGAUGCUGCCCAAGCUGUCGGAAAGAUUCCUUUGGACGUCAAUAAAAUGAAUAUUGAUUUGAUGAGUAUCUCUGGACACAAGAUUUAUGGACCAAAGGGGGUUGGCGCCUUGUACAGUAGAAGAAAACCUAGAGUGAGGCUUGAAGCUUUACAAAGCGGUGGUGGGCAAGAGAGGGGAUUGAGAAGUGGAACGGUACCUACACCGUUGGUGGCAGGAUUGGGUGAAGCCUGUCGUAUUGCCAAGGAAGAAAUGCAAUAUGAUUCAGACCGUAUCAAGUUACUUUCAAAGAGACUAAUUGACGGUAUUACGUCGCAAGUACAAAAUGUAGUACGUAACGGUGACCCUACCUCAUCCUAUCCAGGUUGUGUCAACCUUUCAUUUGCAUAUAUUGAAGGAGAGUCUCUUUUAAUGGCACUUAAAGACAUAGCGCUUUCGUCUGGUUCAGCAUGUACUUCAGCUUCAUUGGAACCUUCUUAUGUAUUACGUGCCCUAGGAGCAGAUGAUGAUAUGGCACAUUCAAGUAUUAGGUUCGGUAUAGGUAGAUUUACCACAGAGCAAGAAAUUGAUCUCGUAGUAGACAGAGUAGUAAGACAUGUUGAUAAACUACGGGAAAUGUCUCCUCUUUGGGAGAUGGUUCAAGAAGGCAUUGAUCUCAAAUCGAUUCAAUGGUCUCAGCAUUAA